GCUCAUUUUCCACUUUAUAACUAGCAAAAAGAGCAUAUUUUUGUUAUAUAAUAAUUAUUUUUUAUUAAUUUUAGCAUUUCACAAUAAAAAGAACUAUUUUAAUGAAAACAAAAUUUUAAAUGAUGUAAUGAAAAGAAAUGGAUAGAAAAGGAACAAACAUUUUGGAGGGUGAGGCAUCGGAAAGUGAUGAAGAGAUAUCUGAUUAUCAUGGAUUUGUUCAAAAUACAAUGGUAACAGAACCUAAAACUGAAGCUAAAAGUGACGGCCCUAGCAGCAGUGUUGUUGUAUCAGGUGAAGCUUCAGAAAGUGACGAUGACAUCGGAGAGUACAUUGGAAGAAAUUUUCCAUCUCUUCAAGAUCAAACUGGUCCAACGUUAGAGGAAGAAUAUUCGGUUUCCAUAGAAACUAAAAAGCCUAGAUUUGAAUCACCUUUUCACAAGAAAAUUUGGGAAAGAAAUUUCGCAUUUCGACUUGGUAUUGUGCAGAUGCAAUUAGAAAAGUUUAACCACGUGACUGGGCGUUUGGAAAGUUUCAUUCCGCUUGCAAAUCGUUCGCAAGUGCACAUGCAGGACGCGUUGAAGCAAUAUCGUAAUAUAUCCGAAACAACGAAACAUUUAAAUGAAACUUUUGAAAGCGUGUUACACCAAGCAGAUCUUCCUGAUUUAAAUGUAUCGGUAUCGUUGGAUUAAUAUUUAUGUUAAAUAUAUAUGUCAAUGUUUUGUUUAUAUUGAAUUUGGUUAUUUUGUAAAUUUGUUUUUGUGCAAUAAAAUUACAUGUUAUGGCAAUAA